GACCCUGAGCUAAGCUGAGCAGCCUGCCAGAGAAGAGAGAGAAUUAAUUCAUCUAUUUAUUCAACUUGUAUUGUACCAGUUGAAUCUGAGAUUUACAGUAAAGAUGGUGACCUGUGGAACUCUGGUGAAGAUCUGGACAGCAGCUAUCGUCAUAGCAACGCUGGUCUGGACAGGGACAGAUGGAGAGAAGCUGUCGUCGUGCUGUAAGACAGUGACCAGGAGCGAGGUGACCGAUCCAAUCACAGGCUACUGGACUCAGGCCUAUAACGCUCCCUGUGUACGGGCUGUCAUCUUAGAGACAGAGAAGGGUCUGAUCUGUUGUCACUAUAGACAACCCUGGGUACGCCGCAAGAUUCAACAGUUUGAAAUGGCCCGCAGGAGCUCAACAUCUCCCUCUCUCUCCUCCUCUCCACCCUCUCUCACCUCCUCCCCUACCACUACCUCCUUACCUUCCUCUCCUCCCUCAGUCAACUUCUCUCCCCUCUCUCUCACUUCCACCCUUUCGUCUUUACCCUCCUCUCCUUCUCUCUCCUCCUCUUCCAACUCUCUCACCUCCACCUCUACCUUCUUACCCUCCUCUCCUCACUCGCUCUUCUCCUCUCUUUUCCCUGCUUCCCCCUCUUCUCCCUCCGUAACUUCCUCUCACCCCUCACUGUCCUCCUCUCCCUCCUAUCUCCUCUCCUCUCUUUUCCCUGCCUCCUCCUCUCCUCCCUCUCUCACUUCCUCUCCUACAUCUCUUUCCUCCUCCCCUCAUCAGGAAUCAACCGAGAAUGCCUUAACUCAGCAGUCAACAGCCAACCAAUAGAAUCAUUGCCAAUGGCUGAAGUUCCACCAAAGUUCCACUUCUUCAUUUCUAAAAAAACAGACUUACAAUUUGCAUAUUACACUCAGAUUUGAUAUCUUUUUAGUUAUUAUUUAAUUCAGUUGUCAUCAUUAUUUAUGAAAUAUCUUCAAGGCCAGUGUCUCGUGUAUUUAUUAAUUCAUUUCUUCAAGUAGUUAUGAUGACUUUUAGUAAUUCAUUAUGCCAAUGAGUUCUUAAUGUUAUUUAACACGUUUAUUUAUUAAGUACUUAUACAUUUAAUUGGUUUAUUUUUGAUCAAUCAAUGUUAUUUUAAGAAAUGUUUGUAAGAGCAAUUUCCUUUUCCACUUAUUUAUUCAACAAUAAUGAGUUAUAAAGAUCAGAAAAUGUAUGAAACUGAAAUAGAAAAUAAAAUGAUGGAAAUAUUA